UCAUCUAAAUAAUAAAAAAACAUAUAUAUAUAUAUAGUUUACCUUUCUAGCUUAACAAGUAAAGUGAUGGUGCGAAACACUGCAGAGAAUAAAGGCUUCAAAGCUGCCAUAGGCAAGGACGCGUACAAGGCCCAAGUGGAAGCAAUAAAACGAAGUAAAAAGUGCAAGUACACUCCUACUUCCCAACAUUCCAGGGGAAACCCCGUUCACCGCGAGCUCAAGUACCAUGAACGCGUGCUUUUAAAGAAGCACGAUUUCAUGCAGUAUCCACAGGAUAACUGGCAUGACCCGUACUGCAUCACGAAAUACCACUUGGAGGAUCGUGAGGACUACCGCCGCUAUCUUCGACUGAUUGGGCUGAUUAGACAACUCCUCACGCAGCUGCGCUACCUUCCCUCGGAUAGCAAAAUCCGUAUUGAAGUGACCCAACAGCUCUUGGACAAGUCCUAUAGCAUGGGUCUGAUUGGGGAAAAGCUUGGCCUCGCGGAGGUGGAUAAGGUGGGUGUGGAGGCCUUCUGCAAGCGUCGCAUCCCGACUGUGAUGCGCGACCUGAAGAUGGCUCCAAACUGCAAGAUGGCGGUGGACCUCAUUCACCACGGCCAUGUGCGCGUGGGUACAACUCAGAUUCGGGAUCCAGCCUUUUUGGUUCCACGAGGACUGGAGGACUUCGUGACGUGGAAACCCGGCAGCAAAAUUCGUCAGCAUGUGGAUACCUUCAACGUCAAGAGGGAUGAUUACGACUGCUCCUAGAGUGUACUACACAUGGUUCUUGUAUUCAGUUGAUGAUCUAACAGGAUUAAUGUAAUGCGUUUAAACAAAAAUUAAAUGUUUGCAGGAGAUAAAGAGUACUUUUGGGAGAUUAAAUAUUUUAUAGGCAUCUCUUAUUGCAGUUUUUUCCACUAAAAUAUUGCUUCCACACAUCAAAGUAUAUUUGCUUUUUAAUUCAUUUCUUUCAGUAAAUUCUGAUAUGAGCUAGCAUAAAUGUGAGUCCCAAAGGGGGCCUGUUAUUA